CACCUUGAUGCUAACUUUUACUUUUUGUGGUGGAUUGGGUAUUAUUUUCAGGCUGAGUUUUUUCUAUAAUGAAUUGAUAAAAUGGGGGUUUCGUUGAAACAUGUCUCCAUGGAAAUGUGAAGUUGCUUUGUCUCUCGAGGAACAUAGUGAUGAAUUUCCCCUCAGAAGCUACAGAAUUGGGCUGCCCAAUUGAUAGUUCCUUUGAAAAUGGGAGUUUUCAAUCCCACAAUGUUGAGUUGGAAGCCAAAAAUCGAUUGCUUUUGGUUCAGUGGUUAUCUAGCCUUAUUCCUUCAUUGAAAUUUCCACCAAAUGUCACGGAUGGUGAAUUAAGAGCAUGCUUGAGUAAUGGUACUGUUUUGUGCCAGAUACUGAACAAGCUACGACCUGGUAUUGUGAAUGUGGUUAGUGAACCUGAUAAUGUUCUGCCAUCACAAUCAGAAAAUGUUAAAUCCUUUCUGAAAGUUUUGGAUCUAACGGGAUUGCUCCGGUUUGAAAUCUCAGACCUAGAAAAGGGGUCUAUGAAAGCUGUUGUGGAAUGUCUUUUAACACUUAGAAAAAAAAGUUUGCAGCAUGGUUUUGGAGAUAAUCUUCCUAGUUCCAUCACAGUCAGCCCUCGUGUGAAUUCACCAUUCCAUCAUCAUCAUUGUUCUACAACAUUUGGUGGAGAGCAAAAGAAGUUUUCAAUUUCGUCAAAGUUGCAGCGUGUUAUGAGUUCCCCAUCUGUGCAGGAGCAAUCAGCCUCAUUAAUACACCAUGCUGGUCAUAAUUUCCAUGAGGUGUUUCAACUGAAACCAGGAAGUUACAUAGAUCUUCCACCUGAAAAAAUAUCAGAAAUGAUGAAAUCAAACAAUAUAGAUAAUGCUCCCACUCAGUCGCUUCUGAGUGUUGUGAAUGGUAUUCUUGAAGAAAGUGUUGAAAGAAGAAAUGGGGAAAUACCUCAUCGUGUGGCUUGCUUAUUGAGAAAGGUUGCGCAAGAGAUUGAACGGCGCAUGUCAACUCAAGCAGAACAUUUACGAACUCAAAACAAUCUUUUCAAGGCUCGAGAAGAAAAAUACCAGUCCAGAAUAAGAGUACUCGAGACACUUGCAUCCGAAACUAAAGAUGAGAAUGAGCGUGAGAGGAUCAAAGACGAAGAAAAUAAGGUUGAUGAGACAGAAGUUGGUAGGUUGAUAAAAGAACAGCAGGACAAAAUAUUGGAAAUUUCAGCUUUGAAGAUAGAACUGGAAACGGCCAAAAGAACAUCUAUAGUGCAAUUCGCACGGUUGGAAGCAGAAGCUGAGGGUGCUAAAGCAGAACUGACACAUAUGGUUCAAGAAUAUAAACAACAAAUAGAAGAAGUAAGAAAUAAGGCUGAAAAUAUGAAAGAUGAAUUAGUUAGGUUGAUGAAAGAACAGGAGGACAAAAGAAUGGAAAUUUCAGCUUUGAAGAGCGAACUGGGAACAGCCAAAAGAACAUAUGAAGCACAAUUCUCUCAACUUGAAGAAGAAGCAAAAGGUGCUAAGGCAUGGACAGAAAAGGCCCAAGAAUAUGAAUACCAAUUGAAAGUAUUACAAAAUAAGGUUGAAAAGUUUCAAGAAGAGGUUAAGACAGCAAAUGAUGAGGAAAUUGCUAGGUCGAUGAAAGAACGGGAGCACAAAGAUUCAGAAAUUUUAGCUUUGAAGCAAGCGCUAGAAACAACUAAAACAGCAUUUGAAGUACAGCGGUCCCAGUUGGAAAAGGAUGUCAAAUCAGAAUUGGAACAAAAGUGUGAAGAAUAUGAGCAUCAAUUAAAAGAGUUAAGAAAUAAGGUUAAGGAACUUGAGGUUUCUUCGGAUUCAAAAGAUCAGAAGUGGAACAUGAAAAUGAACCGAUUUCUGACUGUCAUAACAUUUCAAUUCAGUUCACUACAGAAAAUGAAGUUAUCUUUGGAAUCCACUAAGCAAAAUGUAAUAAAAGAGCAAACGGUUUAUGCAGGGGAGUUGGAUCUAUUGGGUGUAAAACUUAAACCACUUCUACAGGCAGCUGAAAACUACCACGUUGUUAUGGCUGAAAAUAAAAAACUGUUCAAUGAGAUUCAAGAACUGAAAGGAAAUAUCAGAGUAUAUUGUCGAAUUCGACCAUCUGCAUUAGGAAAAUUGGAAAAAGAGUCUAUUGUUGAACACGUUGGUGAAAAUGAUUUGGUUGUGGCAAAUCCAUCCAAAGAAGGAAAAGAUACUCUUCGAUCAUUUAAAUUUAACAGGGUUUUCAACCCUGCCGCAACUCAAGCGGAGGUAUACUCCGACAUCCAAGACUUCACUAGAUCAGUUCUAGAUGGGUAUAAUGUGUGUAUAUUUGCUUAUGGUCAAACUGGUUCAGGGAAAACUUAUACAAUGACUGGUCCAAAUGGGGCAACAAGCGAGACUAUCGGUGUUAACUAUCGAGCUCUAAAUGACCUCUUCAGGAUUUCCACAAGUAGACAAAAUAUAGUGGAGUAUGAGAUCGGAGUUCAAAUGGUUGAGAUAUAUAACGAGCAAGUCCGUGACUUGUUAACAACAUAUGCUUCUCCAAAAAGACUUGGGAUAUUGACUCAAUCUCGACCAAAUGGCUUAGUAGUCCCAGAUGCUAGCUUGUUCCCAGUGAAAUUACCUUCAGAUGUUAUUAAGCUAAUGGAAAUUGGACUUAAAAAUAGAGCCAUUGCUGCAACUGCUAUGAAUGAACGAAGUAGUCGUUCUCACAGUGUUGUCUCAGUUCACGUUACCGGGAAGGACUUAAAGACUGGUUGCACUAUGGCUGGUAAUCUUCAUUUGGUAGAUUUGGCUGGAAGUGAAAGAGUAGAUCGUUCUGAAGUAAUUGGGGAUAGGCUCAAAGAAGCACAGCAUAUAAACAGAUCACUAGCUGCCCUUGGAGAUGUUAUUUUUUCCCUUUCUCAAAAGAGCUCUCAUGUACCAUACAGAAACAGCAAGCUUACUCAACUUCUACAAACUUCUCUUGGUGGUCAAGCAAAGACGCUCAUGUUCGUCCAAAUCAAUUCAGACGUAAGUUCAUAUUCUGAAACUCUGAGCACUUUAAAGUUUGCUGAGAGGGUUUCUGGAGUUGAAUUAGGAGCUGCACGAAGUAACAAAGAGGGCAAAGACUUUAGAGAAAUGAUCGAACAGGUGUCUUCUUUGAAGAGCUCUAUUUUGGCAAAAGAUGAGGAGAUUGAGAGGCUUCAAGCCAUGAAAGGUUUAGCUGGUAGCAGAGUUAAGCGAAAUAUAAUUCCACGAAGUAGAAGUAGUAUCCAGUUACAAUCUGCUAGCCCCCAACCAAUUGAUGAUCAUGCACAACAAAAUGAUUUUGUUGCAACUGCAGAAACUUCAGGAUGUACAGAUUCUGAUUUUGACGGAAGAUCAAGUGAUUUUUCUGACGGUGGUGUUGCUGCAGGCACAGAAACUGAUGGUUCUGAAAAUUCCAGUCUCACUGAAGUCCCAAAACCACCAUCAGAGAAGAUGUCUAAAGGACUUCGCAGAACUGUUCAAGCAAUGAGGAAAUUUGGCCGAACUUCAUCAAACACAAUCCCUACAAUCCCCACCGCCGCCCCAGUAAAGGAACCAGUGAAGAAGUCAUCAAGUGUGUAUACGCAUACUACGUUAACACUCUUCUUAACAUCUAUGCUCAUUCAACUUUUCAACUUUGUUUCACAAAUUUGAUUUCAGGUAUUAAAAAAAGCAUGAGUAUAGGCACUCUUAAGCCUCCAAAACUGUGGAAGUAAAGUAGGAAGCAGAAGCUACAAUUCAUAUUUCACUUUCACUCUUUGACAGACACCGUGUAAAUAUUUCAUUGGUAUGCAAUAGUUUACUUUUUUUUAGUCAUGUUGGUGACACUUUUGAGGGUAUUUGCAUCCAACUCAUCACAAAAGAAAAAAACAUAGAAAAUGUGCCAGUUUAUGUAUAAGCUUAGCAUAGGACCUAAACACUAUCAGUUUCAAAUAAAAUAGAAGGAUUUAUAGCA